CUCCCCCUGCUUCUGUUGCAAUUGAAUAACCUAAGAGAGAGAGAGAGAGAGAGAGAGGAAGAUAGAUUCACAGUUGGUAGCAGAGAUUCGCAGAUCGAUCGAAGAUGAACACUGACAUCACUGCCUUGGAGAAGCCCCAGUACCCUGUCGUCGAUCGGAACCCUCCAUUCACGAAAGUCGUCGGAAACUUCAGCGUCCUCGAUUACCUCCGUUUCUCCACCAUCACCGGCGUUUCCGUCACCGUCGGCUACCUAUCAGGGAUCAAGCCAGGGAUCAAGGGACCGUCGAUGGUGACGGGAGGACUGAUCGGACUCAUGGGUGGGUUCAUGUACGCUUACCAGAACUCCGCGGGUCGGCUCAUGGGCUUUUUCCCUAACGAAGGCGAGGUCGCGGCAAGUCACCAGAAGCGCGGUGGUUCGUUCAAUUGAAUCUAGGGGUUUUCCUGGGUCUCUGUUCUGUUUGUUUAAAAAAAAAAAACAAUCUUUUUCUUGUAAUUGGAUUUUGAUUUUCUUUCUCUGAUAUUGUUGCUGUUUUGAGGAUACGUUUGCCUCUGUUUGUCAUGAUGACUUAUGGGUAAUAAAAAAAGACUGAGCUUUCUCGCAAA